AUGACGAAGGUUCAGUUCAAGAAAUUGAAUAGGAAGCUUGACUCGAUCCUAGAGCAUUCAAAUGCAUUAUCUUUGACAAAGUGGGAGAAUCUACUCACCACUCAUAGGGCCACUGUUGAGAUGCUUACCUCUACGAAUGUGAAACUCAUUGAAGAAUCAUCCAUGGCCAUCCAUGAUUCUAAAAAGAUGAUUACUGAAGUGACCAAAAAAGUCAGAAAACUACAUCAAGAAGUGCAAACAUUCAUAAAUGAUUUCCGAAAAUCUUUGGAUAAAAACACAGCUAACAUGAACAAGGUGAUAGAAGGAUUUCUUUUAUCCUUGAAAGCAGUGAAGGAUUCUCUAUCAAAGAUAGCUGAGGCCAAGAAUGUAAAACUAGUCCUUGAAACUCAAAAAUCUUUGUUUGUAGCUUGGUCUCAUGAGCGUAUUCAGAAAGAAGCAAUAGAUGAUUCGAAUAUCUAA